UACCUCUACUGAAGAGAAAAAAAACAAAAUAAUGUCGGUCGUGAUUCAUGCUCCAAAGAGUGAAGAAUAGAUAAUUUUCUGAAUUUAUAGAGUAUUUAUGGAGUGAAUAAAAAUAUCAAUAAUUGAAUCGUGAUUUUGAGGACAUCGAGGACUAUUGUAGCUGAAUAACACACCUGCAAUGCCGGCGUAUCACUCCAGUUUCGUCAAAAGUGAUAAAUGUCUUGGGAAUCUAGCACUUUUGCCCCUGAGGACGAACUUUCGAGGGCCAGCUCCUUCUUGCCCCCCAGAGACUGAGCAGGAUAUCAUCGACGAGGCAUUGUAUUUCUUCAGGGCUAAUGUAUUCUUCAGAACUUAUGAAAUUAAGAGUGAAGCCGAUAGGGUAUUGAUCUACAUAACUCUCUACAUAACAGAGUGUUUAAAAAAGCUCCAGAAGUGCGCAAAUCAGAAUCAAGCCCUCAACGAGAUGUAUUCCCUGGCCAUUUCGAAAUUCGAUAUUCCAGGAGAUCCAGGAUUCCCCCUAAAUUCUGUUUACGCUAAACCAAGUACUUCUGCUGAGGCUGAUCAAAUGAGGCAGUAUCUGCAGCAAAUAAGGCAAGAGACUGCGGCUCGCCUUGUAGAAAGAGUGUACAGUGAUAAUGGUAAGCCCAGCAAGUGGUGGCUGUGCUUCGCCAAGAAGAAGUUCAUGGACAAAUCCCUCUCUGGCCCAGGACAAUGAAACUGCCCCCCAAAUGCAAUAGAUUAAAUGUCUUUAAUCCUUCUUUUUCACCUUCAUUAUAUAAUUUUUUUCUUUUAUACAGAAUGAAAAGCUCAAGAAAAUAAAUCUAGCAAACAAAAGUUCUUUUUAUUCUAUUC